CCACAAGAAGAGGACGUUCAUCCUGGCAGGUGGGCCUCUUUCUCCUCCCAGGACCAGACAUUCAGAAACUUCCAUCUCUUUCUGACCGGCAUGUCCUCACAAAUAGUGGAUUAGGUGUUCCAGCGAAGGAGGUAGCAGAUUGCCAACUGUCCACAAUUGAUUUGAACUGGAGCCUGGCAGAUUUGAAUAAUUUCGUUUGUCAGAGCUUCCCUAUGAUUAGUCUGAACCUGGUGGGUUUUGAGUUGGCCAAAGUAGACAAGGGGAAAAAAAUCAAGAAGCUACAAGCAAGCUCUGUGAGAGAUCUGAAGAAGGUUGUGGGGAAAAGCAGACUUUAUGUUGUCCCUCGUGCUGAAGUGGGCCAGCCAAUCAACUUGCCUCUAAAUCAACCAUCCACAGGAUCUAACUCUGAAACAACAGAGCCAAUCAACUUGCCUCUGAGUCAACCAUCCACAGGACCUAACUCUGAAACAACAGAGCCAAUCAACUUGCCUCUGAGUCAACCAUUCACAGGACCUAACUCUGAAACAACAGAGGAGUGGAGAGCUAUAAGGCGACAACAAGACCAAGAGUAUGAACAAUCACUGAGAGCUGAUCAGGAAAAGGAUCGGUUGACAGAAGAAAUAUCUCAAUAUGAAGAGAGGCGCCUUAAGAUAAUAGAGGAAAGACUUAUGAGGACAAAUGAAGAACCAGCUGAUGGCAUACCAUUGAAAUUUACUUUCCCAGAUGGCACAAUGAAAAUUAGACGGUUCCAAGUAUUUGAUCAAAUACAGGCACUGUUUGACUUUGUGGGAACACAUUCCUCAGCCACAGAGUAUUUUUACAUAAGGGAAGCUACAUCAGCAGUAUCAAUAUCCAGCACAGUUCCCGGGACUCUUCUGGAUCAUUACUUGACUGCCCCAUUGAACAUCCAUGUUCGAUGGAUGGACAUGGAGGAUGUACAGGCCAUUUUCCACCAGCAAAAUUCAGUUCUUUUGCCAAGUCCAGAUGAAUUUGAGACUAGUGAGGUUCAAGAUGACCUUGAAAUAAUGGAAUCUAUGAAUCCAGAUGAAAUUCACAGUGAUGUUGACUUAGUAAUCAUGGAUUCUGCUUCUCAAGAGAAAACGUACUCAAAUCACAGUGAAACUGUUUCAGAAAUAAUGGAUCCUGGGCCAGAAAUAUAUACCAACUACAUUAACAUAAUGCCAGACAAUGAUUUACCUGAGCCAGAUGACCAAGGACAUCAAGAGGAUUCUGAAGUUAUGUAUGUGGAAGACAUUGUCUGUUCUACAGAGGAUAUACUUUUGGAGCUUGGGAAAGAAAUAAACUACAACUUAAGCUGCAGAUUCAACAUUAAUCGGAAAAAUAUACUAGAUGGUGCAUUCAGAGCAUUUGGACGGAAAUCGUACGAUCCCUUCAGAAGAAUUUCUGUUCGAUUUUCUGAUGAAUGUGGAAAUUUUGAAGAGGCUGUGGAUUUGGGAGGCCCACGGAGGGAGUUCCUUAGCUUGCUCAUGGAAGAAAUUGAAAAAUCUGCAGUGCUUGCUGGCCCAGAUGGAUGCAAAAACCUUGCUCUUGACUCUGUUGCUGUCAGAGAAGACAGAUACUAUCUUGUUGGAAAAGCAAUAGCUGUCAGCAUGGUUCAUGGGGGACCAUCUCCAGGAUUCUUUUCGUCCACUUUGUUUGAAUGCAUCAGUAAUGGACAAGUCUCACCCACCAUAGAAGAUGUGAAUGACUUGGACUUGCAAGCUAAAAUCAAAAAGAUUUCACAUGCUGCCACCAUGGAGGAGUUGUGUGAGGCAACAGAGUGUAUGAGUGAAUACCUGGCAAAUGCAGGAUGCCUUCGAGCUGUAAAAUGCCUAAAAGACAAAGAUCUGCUUUUACAAGACAUCCUACUCUUCCAAGUCGUAAACAGACUUCAUGGUCCACUUGAACGACUUAAGGAGGGCCUGGGGACUCUAGGACUGUUGGAGGCUGUUGUUCAACACAAAGACGCCUUCAGACCCCUAUUUUGCAGCCCACCACAGCCACUUACAGCAGAUGCCCUUGAUCAAUUAUUCGAUAUUCGCUACUCCACUGCUGGAAGUAACAAGCGGGCAGAGGAAAACACCAUAGUCGCAUUCUGGAGGGACUACCUUCUAGAUGCAGAAG